UUUGCCUAUAAUUUUGAGCGACACCAGCAACAACAAAACAUUUAUCGUAAACACCGUCAUCAUCUUUUCUGAUCACUUUCUCUUUGCCAGUCAUUACACAGGUGAAAACGUUGGUGAUACGCUGCUCUGAACACACGUAAGACAAGAAAUUGAGAUAAAAACCGUGCAUAACGCGACAAUUGGUGUUCCUUUCUUGUUGUUUUCAUCUUCCAAGAAACCACCUGCUGCUUUUUGCCGCCAAGAUGAACACGGUACGGGAUAUCCCGAUAAGGCGCGUGCGUCCACCUAAAAUUAAGAGGCCCAAGGCACCAGCACCAAAUCAUUUCUUUGCUGUGCGAAUAUCAGACUGUCAGAUUGUCCAAACUGUGAACAAUGUCCACAACACCAUUUUGGAACAGGAACCUCGUCUCAAGACUGCCCUCGUGUCUCCAUCAACCCUGCACAUCACGCUGGCAGUGGCUCACCUGUCCACCAGCGAGGAUGUGGUCAAGGCCAAUCAGGUAUUGCAGGAGUCUGUUGGGCUCUUCUCAGCCAGAUUGCCAAACUCUCAGUUGGACAUUGAUUUGGCACAGAUGGGGCAUUUCAACAACAAAGUCAUCUACGCCCGUAUAAAGGAGGAAAGCGACGGAGCGGAGUAUCUCAAUCACCUUUGGAAAUCGUUGCGCGAUGGUUGCCAAACCGCAGGCAUUUCCCUAAUUGACGGAGACAGAUUCACACCGCACGUAACUCUCCUGAAAAUAUCCAAAGACCCCAGACUCAGGCGUAAAGGGAUCAAGGCUGUGGCCUCCCAUUUGUACGAGAAACACGUUGAUUGCGUAUUCGGUCGACAGGUGGUUGAGAGCGUUCAGUUACUGUCGAUGACAGAUCCCAAGGACGAUGAAGGAUAUUACGCUUUGAAAGGAGAAUUCCAUUUCGGAACAAUCAUUAAACCAUUAGAAUUAAUAGAUGAAGUCGAUGUUGAAACAUGCACUACAUCCAGUAUAGCGGGGAAUCACGAUGUAUCGGCUACAUGCGACAGUUCUAACAGUGUUCGAGAGUGACCAUGCAAUAGUACCUGUCAUCCACUGUUUUCAUUACAUGGUUCUAAUUCAUGGCCCACAAAUAAUGGCCAUCUUCAAAUUUUAUACAUCGGCAUUGUGAAAAGUUUUACCAGAAGGGCUACUGAAUUCUUGAUUUGAAUUCGAUUUUUUUUAUAGCUGACUUACGAAUUCUGUCAGUUUUUAAUCCACUUUUUUCCAAUUAAUUUUAAUUCAAGUAUUUUCGUAAUGAGAUUUUACGGGUAAAUCCAAAGAAUUCACGAGAUGUUACAGUUGCUUUACCAACUUUUGGAAUACCAGGAGAGUAGUAGCACCACAAAACUUGUCUAAAAAUUAAAUACCUCCUUGUAACUUAAAUGUCCAUAUAAUUUAUCAUUACCUAAAAUCAGUUUGAAAUUCAGUUGAACAUAAUUUAUUUUUCAAACUAAGAAUCAGAAAACAUUAAUGAAACUUAAAAUUCUAUUCACCUUUAAAAAAGAAAAAUCCUUGUUUUGUUGAAGAAAAAUGCUUUUUCCAGAUCCCUAUAAUUAUAAGAUUAAAUCUUUAAACAUUAAGCAAAAAAUUAAUAAAUUUUUCAAAAAUUUCAAA